AUGUCCCGGAAGUUGGAGCAUCGGGGCCCAGGUCCUGCCCAGUCCCCAGCCAAACGCAUGCGGCUUGGCACCAAAAGCUGCAGUGAGUGCCGCCGUCGAAAGGUCCGCUGUGAAUUCGACGACGGCAGUGACAGCUGUCAGCAGUGCGUCUUGCACGAUGCUCGAUGUAUACCACAAGAUGAUUACGCAGUCUCAGCCGAAGCCUCUGCUUCUGCUAGUGUGCCUCCGUCAGCUUCCGCCUCCACUUCGGACGAUUUACAAGCUCGAAUGGGCUCCCUGGAGGCUUCCGUCCGUGAGCUUUGUCAGGCUAUUAGUCAAACGGGUAUCAACCACUCUUCUCUUUCCGUGGCUGCACUCCCUGCCCAGUCCUCUGAGCAUGAGCAGGGAACUGGCGCAAACCAGGACGCUGCCCUUGACGAGGCACCGCUGAUUCAAUACCUCCGUCACUCGCUGGCUACGCAGGUUGAUACCACUAUUCGGAGCGACGAUCCGUCGCGUGAGCCUUGUGCUGGGAACCCCAUCAUCGGUCCCAAGGAGAGACGUAUCCGUGAUUUGAUCCCCGUGAACUCAACCUUGGUGAGGAUGUUCGAUUUGUCACAUAAAUUCUGGGAUGUCUGGCCUCUCCAUUCGGCUCGCGAUGCCAAUUCACAUAAUAUCCAUGGUCUUCCGACCUCUGUGGGAGAUGCUGUUGGAUUUAUCGAUGACUCGUUGCGUUCCUCCAACCCGAGCAUCCUGGCCAAAUGCCUUGUCUGGUUUUGCCUUUGCCUCCAGCAACUGCCCCCGGCAUACACGACAAACCCGGAAUUCUGCCUUCCAAUGCCCAAGGCUAACCUAAUGGACAAAUGCCUCGAUGAGUUGGACGUCGCUGUGUUCCAGCGUAGCUCAUCACGCUUGGGCUGCGAUUUGGACUUGCUCGAAGUGUACAUUCUCCAGGCUGAGCUCUUCGUCAACAUGGGUCGACCUUGCAGAGCGUGGAAGUCGGUUCGACAAGCAGUCGAUAACGCCAUGCUCCUUGGACUUCACCGCCCUGAGCAAGACGGUGCUCGGUUGAAGUCGAUAUGGUCAACACUCUGGCGACUAGAUAGGCAGCUGUCGAUGUUUUUAGGCUUGCCCUAUUCGGUUCCAGGCGAUUUGAUAUUGCAGGAUGACAGAGAUGAUGGGAUUUACCUCUCACUCGAGCACCAGAUCGUGCAAUCCGUGACCUUUGUCUGUGGUCGGAUUGUCGAGCGUGACCAGCGACGGCAACAACGAUGGCAAGAGAAGACAUCAUACAGCGAUACAGUCUCCAUCAUGGAGACGAUGGAACGUAUCAGAAACUUGAUACCAACAGAGUGGUACAACUUUGAGCGCGUGAACCAACCUCAAGUAACCCCUGCCAUCGCAUUCUCGCGCAUGUCCAUUCUCCUCCAUUUCCAUUUUACCAACACAUUACUUCAUCUGCCCUACGUUCUUCUAGCCGCGCACGAUAGAAAAUACGAACACAGUCGCUUUCUUGCGCUGGAAUCCGCCAAAGCCAUGGUGCAGACGUACCUCAGGCUCCGGAGUCUGAUAGAAGACAACUUUACCUGCGACUUUCUUGACUUCCUCGCUUUUAGUGGGGGAAUCGUCCUCGCUGCCGAUCUCAUCAAGCGAGGCCAAGGAAAAAAGCCCGACGAUGAGCGCAUCUGGGAGUUGCUGCGCGAACUAUCUUCGAGACUGGGUCAAACCGCGGAGGAAUUGGGCUGCUCAGUCGCGACACAGGCGGCCGAAGUCCUCAGAAAUCUGUACAGCAUCUCUCGAGGUGAGUACCAUAGCCCGGAUUCCCACGAGAUUAUGAUUCCCUACUUUGGGAUAAUGCGGAUCAGAGCACCGAAUCCGCCGGGCCAGGAACGUUUCCAAGCAUGGAGAAAGGUCUCGUUAUCUUCGGAUCCAAACAUUGUCGACUUCAGCACGGAUAUGUUCUCGUUUCGCUUCCCGAGCGAGCUCCAGACGGCCGAGGAGUUGGGUCAAGAUUGGGAAGAUUUGGUUGCCAACCCUAUGUAUGAUAAUGAUGGAUAUUUUAGUUAA